CGCUCCAGCGCCAUAACAACCCCGACUUGGCCAAUCAAAUUUCUUGUCUCCACUACUAAUCCUAAUUAGCGCCAACUGUUCCCAUUUUAGUAUAAAUAAGAACAAUAAUUAAAUUAGAUUAAGUCACGUAGAAAGAGAGAGAGGCUCAGAGAAAUUGACCGUGGUCCGCUGAAAACGACGACUCUGGAGAGAGAAAGUAGAGGGCGGCAUAAAAAGCAGCUCGCUCUCUCCCGCGCCUCCCCCUCAAACGAAGAGAGAGAAAGCGGGCGAUAUAAUCAAGACCCUCGUUUCUUUUGGUCAAAACCCUAGCUCCAAGGACUCAGAGGUUUUUGAUAUCAGGAAGUGGAGUUUGGAUCAAAUGGAUCAGUAUGAGAAAGUGGAGAAGAUUGGGGAAGGGACUUAUGGUGUUGUGUACAAAGCUCGAGAUCGUCUCACAAAUGAUACAAUAGCACUGAAGAAGAUAAGAUUGGAGCAACAAGAUGAGGGUGUCCCGAGUACCGCUAUUAGAGAGAUCUCACUGCUUAAGGAAAUGCAGCAUGACAACAUAGUCAGGUUGCUUGAUGUAGUCCAUAGUGAAAAGAGGAUAUAUCUUGUAUUUGAGUAUCUGGAUUUGGACCUCAAGAAGCAUAUGGAUACUUGUCCUGAUGUUGCUAAUGGUCCCCGUAUAGUAAAAAUGUUUCUCUAUCAGAUUCUCCGUGGCAUUGCUCAUUGCCACUCGCACCGAAUUCUUCAUCGGGAUCUGAAACCUCAAAAUUUGUUGAUAGAUCAGCGAACUAAUACUUUAAAGAUUGCAGAUUUUGGGCUGGCCAGAGCAUUUGGUAUUCCACUCAGAACAUUUACUCAUGAGGUAGUCACUCUGUGGUAUAGGGCACCUGAAAUUCUCUUGGGGUCUCGUCAAUAUUCUACUCCUGUAGAUAUGUGGUCGGUGGGUUGUAUUUUUGCUGAAAUGGUGAACAAGCGACCUUUAUUUGCUGGUGAUUCUGAGAUUGAUGAGUUGUUCAAAAUAUUCAGAGUUUUGGGCACACCAAAUGAAGAUACAUGGCCAGGAGUGACUUCCUUGCCUGACUUCAAGUCUACUUUUCCAAAAUGGCCUCCUAGGGAUCUAGCAACCGUGGUCCCAAAUCUUGAACCAGCUGGACUUGAUCUUCUUUCUAAAAUGCUUCAGUAUGAACCAGCUAAAAGAAUCAUUGCUCGGCAUGCUCUUGAGCACGAAUACUUCAAGGAACUUAAGGAUCUUGGAAUGGUACCAUGAUUUUGAUCGUCUCUCCAACUGUAUACUAGUAUAUUCACUCAUCAAGGUUGCAGAUCGGUAUUGUUUGUGUGAUUCAUUUGUUCAAACUGGUUGUUCAAUUAGUGUUGCUUGAGCUGUUUUCUUUUCUUUUCUUUUCUUUUCUUGUCUCAUUAUUAUUAUUUUUUUCUAGAUGACAUGAGAGCCUCUAUUUUUCGGAUUGUAGAAAUCUCUUACCAUUUUGUUUGGGGAUGUGUUCUGCCCUGGUUUUCAUGAUUCUGCGCAAAUGUUGCCCAUGAAGACUGCUGUUAAAACUUUGCCUAUUCUCAUACCAAAAGUAAACAAACUUUCAAGCG